AGAGCCGGAGAAGACAUGGCGGCGUCUGCGUCGACAGCUGCUGCUGAAGAGGACUGGGUCCUUCCCUCUGAAGUUGAAGUGUUAGAGUCUAUUUAUCUGGAUGAGCUACAGGUGAUGAAGGGAAAUGACCGAUCUUCACCAUGGGAGAUCUUUAUCACUCUGCACCCUGCCACCGCAGAGGUCCAAGAUUCACAGUUUGUCUGCUUUACUCUGGUGCUUCGGGUCCCAGGAAAGUAUCCCCAUGAGGUGCCACAGAUCUCCAUCCGUAACCCCCGGGGGCUUUCAGAUGAGCAGAUCCACAAGAUCUCACAGACACUGGGCCAUUUGGCCAAGGAGGGGCUAGGCACAGCCAUGCUCUAUGAACUCAUUGAGAAAGGGAAGGAAAUUCUCACAGACAACAACAUCCCCCAUGGUCAGUGUGUCAUUUGCCUCUAUGGUUUCCAGGAAAAGGAGGCCUUUACCAAAACACCGUGUUACCAUUACUUCCACUGCCACUGCCUUGCUCGAUACAUCCAGCACAUGGAACAAGAACUGAAGACACAGGGACAGGAGCGACAGCAUGCUGUCACCAAACAGAAGGCAGUCGGUGUGCAGUGUCCUGUGUGCAGGGAGCCCCUUGUGUAUGAUCUUGCCUCGCUGAAAGCAGCCCCUGAACCCCAACAACCCAUGGAGCUGUACCGACCCAGUGCAGAGAGCUUGCGCCAACAGGAAGAGCUCAAGCGGCUGUAUCAGAGGCAGCAGGAGAAGGGUGGCAUCAUCGACCUUGAGGCUGAACGGAACCGGUACUUCAUUAGCCUUCAGCAGCCUCCUGCUGCUCUGGAGCCUGAGUCAGUUGUGGAUGUCUCCAGAGGACCCCAACCACCUAAUGCCCUUUCUGCAGAACAAUCUACUUCCCUAGCUGCCCAAUCAACUGUGCCAACUCCUCUACCCAUGGCUGCCCAGUAUGUGUAUGAGAAGAUUCCAGGGGCUGGGCCAAAUCAGCAGAGGCUGGGUGAGACCCAGAAAUCCAUGCUCAACCCUCCACGAUCUGGUCGUGGCUCCUGGCGACAGUAUGAUCGGAGGCACCCAAAAGGAGGGGAGUGCUGUGCCCCAAAAGGUACCAGUGACAUCCAAGAACUGCCACCUCCUGAGAAGCCUGUGGACUUAAAGCCAGAACCCCAUAACAAAGGGCUUGCCAGUCUCCCUCAGGAGAAGGGGCCUGGUAGCUGGCAGGGCCCCACAUCUCGCAGGACUCGUGACUGUGCUCGCUGGGAACGUUCCAAAAGCCGUACACCAGGUUCUUCCUACUCCCACCUACCUCGGGGCCAGGGGGCAUACCGGUCUGGUUCUCGCAGGGAGCCACUGGGCUUGGAAUCCGAGGAAGGUUCCUAGCAGUACUGUGGGGGGACAGGGAA